GGUGUCGGUGCGGCUCGGCUCGGCUCGCCGGUGGAGCGCGGUACGGCCCGCACUCGCAGGAGUUAAAGAUACGGGAUUUUUCCGCUUCUUUUUUUAUUGUUUCGUUUCUUGCAGAAAGCAGCGACGGUCUCGCGCUGAGUCGGUGCUGUAGGGAGGGGGCGGUGUUUCCCACUGUCGAGGCGGCCGCGGAUUCGCUCGCGCUCUUUCUCCGUUGCUGCGGGUUGCGGAGACGGAGUGCCGGGGCAAAGGUUGAACUGAGCUGGUUGGGCAGCGGCGGCGGCGGCGCGGAGGAGACACGAGAGCCUGCGGGGCCGCAGCGCCGCGGAUAAUAUAAUGGCAGCCAGAGAGAGCGAGGAGAGAGACAGAUGAAUUCGGGAUAGACUGCACUGAGAGAGCUGUGGAAGAGGAUGGUGAGCAGCCAACCCAAGUACGAGCUGAUCCAGGAGGUGGGGCGGGGCAGUUAUGGGGUGGUGUACGAGGCGGUGGUGCAGAGGACUGGUGCACGUGUUGCUGUGAAAAAGAUCCGUUGCCACUCGCCCGAGAAUGUGGAGUUGGCCCUGCGCGAGUUCUGGGCUCUGAGCAGCAUUCAGAGCCAGCACCCCAACGUCAUCCACCUGGAGGAGUGUGUGCUCCAGAGGGACGGCCUGGCCCAGAGGAUGAGGCACGGCUCCAACUCUUCUUUGUACCUGGAGCUGGUAGAGACCUCACUAAAAGGUGAGAUUGCGUUCGACCCUCGCUGCGCCUACUACUUGUGGUUCGUGAUGGACUUCUGCGACGGAGGAGACAUGAACGCCUACCUGCUGUCCCGUAAACCCAGCCGCAAGACCAACACCAGCUUCAUGCUGCAGCUGGGCAGUGCUCUGGCCUUCCUGCACCGCAACCAGAUCAUCCACAGAGACCUCAAACCCGACAACAUCCUCAUCUCCCAGUGCCGCACGCCCGCCGGCUCCUCAGAACCCACGCUGAAAGUGGCCGACUUCGGCCUGAGCAAGGUCUGCUCCGCCUCCGGCCUGAACCCCGAGGAGCCGGCCAGCGUCAACAAGUGUUUCCUGUCCAUGGCCUGCGGCACGGACUUCUACAUGGCCCCCGAGGUGUGGGAGGGCCACUACACGGCCAAAGCGGACAUCUUUGCCCUGGGAGUGAUUAUCUGGGCCAUGGUGGAGCGGAUUACCUUUGUGGACGUGGAGACUCAGAAGGAGCUGCUGGGAAGCUACGUGCAGCACGGCGAGGAGAUCGUCCCCCUCGGGGAGGCCCUGCUGGAGAACCCCAAAAUGGAGCUGCUGAUUCCCGCCCGGAAGAAAAGCAUGAACGCCGGCAUGAAGCAGUUGAUCAGGGAGAUGCUGUCGGCUAAUCCGCAGGAACGGCCCGACGCUUUUGAGCUGGAACUCAGGUUGGUGCGCAUUGCCUGCAGGGAACUCGACUGGGACACGUGAGAAAAGCUGCUGGUGCCCAACUGUGGAAAGACAUUUACCUUUUCUUAUUUUUUUAUUUUUCCUUCUUCUUUUAUUUUCUCCUUUAUUUUCACACCACCGAGCAAGACAAACACCCAAACUGGGUGAAGUUAUGAGUGUACUGUGUUUUUUUAGUAGCAAGUAAUAUGUAUAUCUGGUUGUCUGCAUCCAGGGUGAAGAUAGAAGUUAUCAGGAACCACCUAGAUAUCUGUUAGAUGCUUACAGUAAUAAUUCACCCCAAAUCUAGUUGAUUUAGUGAAGACAUGCUGCUGAACGUUUGCUUUAGAGAUGCACAGUUAUAGCUACAGUUAUUUGAGUGUAUAAUUGCUGGAAAUUGAUGAGCAUUAGACUGAUUUUUAUAUCUGAACUUGUGAUGAUGCGUUUGGCUGGUUACUGUUCAUUUCAGCGCAUUUUAUACCCAGUUGAAGUGUCACUUUAAUGUUUUAAAGAUUGUUACACAUGCAUAUUGCACAAAGCAUAACCAAUCAGAUGUUUAUUUUCUCAAGCAUCUCACAGAUAUUAAGAGGUUCCCGGCUUCUGACUCACCCUGUAUAUUUCUAAUGGUUGUCCACAAGCACAUAGCAAUUGAUGGGCAUGUAGGCCGUUACCCAGCGAGGCUAGCUUUAGACUGCACUGUGUGUAUAUGGAUUAAAGCUCGUGCACACCCGUGGAUUUCUUUGUCUGUGGACUAAGCCUACAGACAUAUCCGACCCCCAGAGGUUGAGCCGAUCUCGCCAGCUUCUCAGCAGUGAGAAGGCGCGGAGCGCUGCGUUUUAAUUGGGCACAUCAAAUGCCGCUUGGCAAAACAAACUAGUGACAGGUUUUCCCCCGACACUUCCGGCGUUCCUCUCUCGGGAACACCGAUUCUGUCCUCUCUGACAGCCUGAGGUAGCUCAUCAGUGUCUGCCUGCCUCACUCUCGGUGCUAAUUUAACUUCUGAUGCAAUGCAAACCCAAAUGCAGGGGCAGAGUCCUGCCGGAUGCAGCUACUCUACACGACUCUCUGCGUAACUUUUACAGCUCAAACUCACCGAUCAGUUUCACUUUCCUUCUGCACUACUUUCAACCAAACCUCAGGCUGGUAUAUUUCUACAUCCAGAUUUUCCAGGAUCUUAAUGUUUCGCUCUUUUUUCUAUCAAAUGCCUCCAAUACACAACUGAAACAAUACUGUGGGUGUACUUUUUUAAAAGAAGAAGAAGAAAAGGAAGAGGAGGAGUGUUUGUCUGGCUGGCGGUUGCAGAGCAGAACCUUAAAUUAAAAUUGAGUUCUGAUCUUAUAAAAAAAAAAGGACCUAUGAUCUCUCAAUUAGAGGUGCCAGUUAGAGGUGUUCGAUAGUAUUUUUGCAAAAACAAUACUCUUGUUGAUAUGCAAAAAAAAAAGCCACUGACUUAUAUAUAUAUAUAUAUAAAAUAUAUAAUUUCAAGAAUAAACUACUUCACGAUACUAAUAAUGCACUCCAAAUAUCUCCAUAUAUCCAGGAUCCUGAUUUCUUUGGCACCGUUUCCUGCUGGUGAACAUUCUAUAGUUAGUGUAUAGAAAGUAUGUAAUUGUGAGCAUGAGGUUCACACUGUGUGUAAAAUAUAUAAAUAUAAUUUAUAUAUAUAAUAUCUGGUUGCUGAAGUAAAACUGUUGAGUUAUGUUAAUUGGGCGACUCUUGUUGAAUUGGAAGCUGGCAGGAAAUGCAACUAAAAAUUAACUAAAAAUUAACAUUUUAAAGUAGGAACUGUUCAGCCCUAAUGAUGCUUCACCUGUUCUGCAACAGCCCCGCCUACAAACUGAUUGAUUAUUGCAGUUUGAUUAGCCUUCAGGGACGAUCCGUGCACCGGGUAGAGAGAGCAGCCAACACCAGCACCCCGUUUACUCCCUCCACUCUGAAUUUAUACAGCUCUGAAAUCGUCUGCGAGGGAAACGUAUGUUUUUGAUGCUCCUCGCUGAGGUGGAUUUGAUCUUCUCUCACUGUGUCAGUUCUCCUGGAUUUUCUAAAGUGCUAAAAUUUAGCAGUAACCCCCCCCCCUCUCCCGCCACGCUCCUGACAGACUAACACUAAGCCUGUUAGGUUAUCGUGGCGCUCGUUGAGCAGAGAAUGCUCGGGACUGAGGAACGCUAUUCAGGUCAGAUUUUUUACUGUUUAAAAACAAGGAAGAACCAAACAGCAGUCUACAGAGUUCCAGCAGCAAUACCUCUGCUCCCUCCUCCCUUUAACACACAGAACACCUGGUGUUUUGUGGAACCUGGUGUGAGAAGACGUUAAUACUAGAGCUGCACGAUAUAGGAAAAGUUUUACAUUGCAAAUGUUCUUUAUUAGACGAUAUAUAUCGUGUUAUUAAACAAUGCAGGGCCCAUGAUGUCACCAGCCCCGCCCCCACCCGGGCGCUGUCUCACGUCCGGACCAAUCAAGAGCUGAGUCAGCGCCGAGCUCUCAAAACAGCAAAACAGUAAUCAUCCCUUUUAAUCAGCAUUUAAAUUUUAGCUUUUUAAUUGCCCUAAGUGACAUCAUUGCACGUCCUGAGAUGUGAUUAUUGCGCAUGCACACAUCGCGACAAUGACGAUGCUUAAACAAUAUAUAUCGUGCAGCCCUAGUGUGAAGUUUAAUAGGCGUAAUAUAUCCUGCUGUUUGCAGCAGUUGUUCAGGGUUCCUCUCUACUGGAGCACACACUUCUGAAACCAGCAAACAUUCAGUAAAACUGAGAACCUGGAUUAAGACAACCCACAAAGUUUCAUUUUCAUUUCUUAGAGGAUUUCUCUCAUCAAGCCCCGCCGCAGAAUCCUCCAUUAAUCCACAUUAUCACAAGAACAAGGGAUAAGUGGAUUAUUUCUGCAGCGCCGCCGCCGAUUCCUCAACACCAGAAUAUUGUUUAAUCUGCCUUUUCUUUGAGAUUACCAUAAUUUAUGCCUUAUUUUUAAAAUCCCGCUGCCCAUGUAAGCACUCGAUGUGACUGAAUGUGUUCGGAACAAUGGCCUCGACUUCCUUCUUAAGAGAGAAUUAUAUUUGACCUGAAGUGCUGAACGGGAUUUCGCUUUAGCUUGAUCCAGCUUUUGUAGCGCGUGUGAUUUCCUCUGUUUGAGUGUUGUAGUUUAUCAGUAUUAAAAAGUGCACAGAAUCUGGCUUCUAAACCCACCAGCACACCACAAAAAACUAAACCUUAAAAAAACCCUAAAGGACCCGUAUUGUGUGAAACUGAAUUUUUAUUCUCAUUUUUGAAAAAUGUUUAUAAAGUACGGUUUGUAAACAUUAGAUGUUCAGUAUGCAGCGAUUAUUCUUAGGUCCUUUGAUCCAUUGAGACAUGAUAACACAUGGGGACUUACAGCUAAUUUUGAUUCUUACAUGCAGUAAUAUAAUAAUAUCUGCAAAAGAAAAAGAAGAGUUUUGACUUGGACUGUUUUUUUAUUUUUAUUUUUUAUUUUUUAUGAUUCACAACAAAGCAGUAUAGCCAAUCAGAACAGAGCAGAGACCAUGUGCAAAUAUCAGUAUGUCUUAAAGACACAUUUACAGAAAAAAGCCUAUUUAUUUCAAAGGGUAAAAUGAAAAAAGGUUAAAUGGUAUUUCCAUUAAAUAAAAAAUGAAAGAAAGUGAAUAAAGAUGAAAAUGUAAGUUCUGGGCCUUUAGCAUAUAUCUGACCAGCUGUUAAUCAGGCCACGCUCAGACUUCACGAGUCACAUGAAGUAAGGCACAUGAAAAUGUGAUGUCAUUUCAGAACCUGCUUUUAAAGGUGCUGCCCUGAAGACGUGUGUUCUGACUGCAGUCGGCCCCUGCUGGUUAAACAUGGUUUCGGUUUUGAUCAGCUCCUGAUGAUAAAUGGUCAUUUUUUUGUCCCUGGUUGGUGUGAAAUGCGUCAUGUUGUACGAGUUCAUCACCGCACGCUCUCUGAGUAACUGCAGGGGGGUGAAAUACUUCAGAAAUGUGUGUGAUCUUAUUUUACAGAGGCUGGACUUGUAGUUUAUAGUUUCAUAUUUAAUAAUGGAUUUCUGUUUCCCAGAUAAGCAGCCGUGCUGAUUAUUUUAAUUUGUAUUAAAGAAACACUUCUGGAUGCUUGCUAAGCUGUAGGCCUUAAACAAAGGAGAUUUUUCAUUGCCUUUUUCUUUUUUCUUUCCUCCCAGUGUGUUUUUUUUUUCUUUGCACUUGUGUACAUAUUGUAUAUGAACAGCACACGUGGAGUAAGAUGGAAUGAUCUCUGUCCUGUCUUGAAAAUGUGUUUGGAUGAAUGGUAAAGGGCAGUAGUGAGUGUGUGUGUGUGUGUGU